GCGCCCGCAAUUGAACCUACAACGCACAACGAGACUCAACGUGGCCGUGAAGGUGGACGCUCAUUGUUAUACAGUUGCGAUUCCGCGUUCGAGCGCUGCUACUAUAAUACAAUGGACCACGCACACAUGGGUCAUGGUGAUAUGGACAUGGGUGAAGGGCAGUGCUCCAUGAACAUGCUCUUCACAUGGUCCUCGAAGAAUCUAUGUAUUAUUUUUCCGCAAUGGAGAGUAACGGGCACGCACUCUUUUAUCUUAUCCCUGCUUGCCAUCGUCCUCCUCACCGCAGGCUAUGAAUGCGUACGCGAAAUCAGCAGACGAUAUGAGCAGAUCCACAAGGCUCGCAUGGCUGCGUACAGCACCAGUGCUUCGAGCGAAGACACACAAGUCAACGAAUCAAACUCAUUGCUCGUCGUAGGGAGAGAGUCCAAGGCAGCGGCAGAACGUCAAGGCACCAUUAUCAAGGCAGCCCUGUAUGCUGUACAGGUGUUCUACAGCUUCUUCAUCAUGCUUCUGUUCAUGACCUACAACGGUUGGGUCAUGCUGGCCGUGGCUGUUGGUGCCUUCAUUGGGUAUCUCACCUUCGGCGAUAAUCUCACAUCAACCAAAUCGGUCGCUUGUCAUUGAGACCUUUCCAAGACGGCAAUAUUGCGGCUAUACUUCCUCGUCAUCAAGGUCGUCGCCAAAACCGAAGCUGAACCCAGAUUGUUCUCCACCGGUUUCUUCCUUAGAGACCACCUCCUCCCACUUUCUUUUUUUGUUGGCAGAGUCCUCCAGGGCUGCCGCUAGUUCAGGGUGCUUCUGGUGUAGCCGCUCCAUGAAGAGCCCACAAGGGUCCGUGAUGCUCUCCUUGAAACCGGAGACUUGAUUGGCUUUGUGUUUGAGGAACCUGUACGUGGCGCCAACGUGAGACGUCGGCACGAAGUUCUGGGUUAUGGCGAUUGCCGGGUCGAGGUUAACUACCAGGUGCCACCAACCAGAUGGCACAUGCAAAACCUCGCCCUCGCGGCAGAUACCCUCCAAACAACCGGGUGUGCUCCUUGCUUCAGCAUGGAAAGACAUCAGCCACUCCGCAAUGCUUAAGGGAGAUGUAACUUCGCUCUGGUCCUCACUCAUAUAGACGCCAGGCGGGAGCACAGAAGCAGGAAACAUGACCCAAUAUUUCGAGCCCCGGAUAACCGCAUUCCAGGCACUGGUCGCAUUUGGAUCUUUAUGGAACGUGCUUCCACUCCGCUCCGGACCAAUAAUUAACCACCUGUGGUCUGGUCUCUGUUCUCCCAGCAGUUGAAACAAAUCCUCUUGGAAUGCUUGCGCUGCUUCAUAGUCUCCGUUCUUUCCCACUUCCAAACCCAUCUUCUCCACGAAGCCACGAUCGAAAAGGUACAAUGGACUUUCAUCUUUCGUACUGUUCAUGUAAUCCACAUAGGUUCUGAAAGGCCAGUCCACGGCUUCGGCGCGAAAAGGGACAUCUGCAUACUCCUCGAGCAGAGUUUGUAGGUUCCACUUCUUGUAUACCGGCCAUUGCUUCACCGGAGAUGUUAAGAUAAAGGGACGAUCGGACCAUGACUCGUUGAACUCUGCAAGAGAUAAGUCCUGCAUGCGUGGAAUCUGGGUGUGAGAGGGAAUAUUUGAAACAUAAGGUGAGAGGGAGAUCUGGGAACAGAGAAAUGGACGAUGCAAUGCGUCAGAGAAGAGAUGUCUGCAGUCCACUUUUGCAAGGCUGGCUGAAGGCAGCCGUCUCAAGGAUGACCGCCAACUUCCACGCCAUGAGAAAUCCUCAGUCAUAUUAUUGACGGCAAGAUCUCUCCAUAACUGAUCAAAGGAACAGUAGGCGUACAGACCGCGACAUGUGCUUCCCAGGUUGACCAAGCUUAACUGGUCGAGGAAUUCCAAAAGUGUUAGCAGGAAAGCAUCUGGCAGCAUGCCGAACAAGCCCAUGGCGGCCUGCACAUUUUCUUGGGAUGUUAGAGCAUUCCCCGAUGGGCGGACCCCUAGAGGGUGUUGGUCUGUAGGGGUCUCGGACAGAUCUUGUUCGUCAUCGGCGAUUUGCCCCUCGGUUGGCAGGUCCGGGGUAGGACCCUCCGCAUAGAUCGGUAUCUCCGGCUGUCUACCGGUCUGGGUGGUUGUGGUUGCGAUCAUCUAACCGAUACAUAAUAAGAAACAAGUCUGGAAAGCGACCGAAAGUGAACGAGGCUGGGACACGUGACCGGACUCAAGGCUCACUUGAUCUGGAGGAGAGCUUCCGAGAGGCGUCUAGAACAAGCAAUUGGUUGGAUAAUCACCGAGUAGAGAACGUCAGGUUGGACAUCAGACAAAAUGAAUUGCGCCACUGUGGAAAAAGAUGGACAAGGCUGGACUAUCAAAAGAGCGAUAUCAAGAGGAUUUUAUGCGGCGUUAGUGGCGUUGAAUUACAAAGCCAGUGAAAAGUUGG